AUGGCAUAGUAUAGGCAAUUGAAUGAGGGAGAGUUCCCUCCCAAUAAUAAUCCAUAAAUCAUUACAGGAUUUUAAAUACUUCGUUAAAGUGUCGAUUUGGGAUUAAGAUAAAAUCAAGAUGCUCGUAAAAGUUCUGUGAAAGCAGCAGCAUUAGUAUCUAGAUAGAGUUAAAUGUAUUAAUAAGCAAAAGUAAGGGUUAUUUUUAACUUAAGGAAAAAGGAAUUGUUUUGAAUGAAACAAUUGUGAAAUAUGAUGCUCCUUCAAAUAAUAAACAAGAUCUAUUAAAAAAAGCAUAAAAUAAAGGAGAAGAAUAUAGAAACAUGGAUGAACAUAAAGUUGAUGUGAUUGCAUUAUCAUAAAGGUAAGUGAAUUUUAAUUUAUAAUAAUUAGAUAUGAAACAUCUUUAACAGAUGGAUUAACUUAAGAAUAAGCUGUAGCAAAAAACUAAUAAUAUGGUGAUAAUAAAUUGACAGAAAAAAAAAAGAAACCAUGGUGGAUUAAGUUGAUACUUGAAAUGGUUUAACCAUUUUCUAUAUUAUUAUGGAUAGCAUCUAUUAUGUGUUUUGUAUUAUAUGGUGUUAAUCCAAAUGCAUUAGGUGCAAAAUCAAAUUUAUGGCUAGGUAAAUAUAUGUAAUUAUUAUUAAUAGCAAUCAUUCUAAUAGCUAUUAUUUUAUUAACUGGUUCAAUAACUUACAAUUAAUCUGCAAAAGCUGAUGCAUUAAUGGAAGGAUUUAAGAAUUUCCUUCCAUAAAAAUGUAUAGCUAUUAGAGGAGGAGAAAAAGUAGAAGUUCCAGCUGAGAAACUUGUUCCUGGAGAUAUAAUUGAAAUUAAAAUGGGAGAUAAAAUACCUGCUGAUGUUAGAAUUAUCUAAUCUAGAGAAAUGAAAGUUGACAAUUCUGCUUUAACAGGAGAAUGUGAUCCUUUACUUAGAGUAACUGAACUCACAAGUGAAAAUCCUUUAGAAACUAAAAAUCUAGCAUUUUUUGGUACUUUAUGUAAGGAAGGAUCAGGAAAAGGUUUAGUAAUUUAAAUUGGUGAUAAUACUGUGAUGGGUUAAAUAGCAGAUUUAGCUACUGGUGGAGAAACUCCAGAAACUCCUUUAAAUAUAGAAUUAAAAAGAUUUGUUAUAUUAAUCUCAUGUAUAGCAGUAGGAUUAGGAAUCUUAUUUUUGAUUUUGUCAUUAGUUGUUGAAGAUGCAUCUGUUGAUACAGCAGUAGGUUAAGCAAUAGGAAUUAUAGUUGCAAAUGUACCAGAAGGUUUAUUAGGUUGUAUUACAGUAUCUUUAGCUAUUACAGCAAAAAGAUUGGCUGAUAAAUAAGUAUUAGUCAAAAAUUUAGAAGCUGUAGAAACUCUUGGAUCAACUAGUUGUAUAUGCUCUGACAAAACAGGAACUUUGACAUAAAAUAAAAUGACAGUAGCAAAUGUUUGGUAUGAUGGAUUAAAAAGAGUUGCUUUGAAUAAACUUAAACAUGGAAGGAAUACUGAAUAUGAAUAUGAUUCUAAUGAUCCUACCUUUAGAGAUUUACAUGAUUGUGCAAUUAUAACUAGUGAAGCAAAGUUUAAUAUUUAAGCUAAAGAUAAAGCUACUAUUAAUUGGUUAGAUACACCAACUCUUGGAGAUGCAUCAGAAACAGCAUUAAUUAAAUUCUUUUAACCAAUUGAAGAUAUUGAAAGUACAAGAUAAAGAAGAUAACUUGUUGAAUUAUCAGAUAGAUCUUUAGCAAAAAUGCCAUUCAAUUCAACUAAUAAAUUCUCAUUAUGUAUUGUAAAUUGGGAGACUUAGAAUUCAUUUUACUGUGUAUAUAUAAAAGGAGCACCAGAAAAGUUAUGGACAUUUUCAAGUUACUUAUUAAUAGAAGGUAGAAAUCAACCAAUAGAUGAAUAGAUAACAUAGAAAUUCAAAUCAGUUAAUGUAUCAUUUGGUAAAGGAGGUGAAAGAGUUUUGGGAUUUGCAAAAUUACAUUUACCAAGAUCUGAAUUUCAAAAAGGAUAUAAAUUUAAUUUGAAUUCUAUUGACACAUUAAAAUUUAAAUUAGAAGGUUUUACUUUCUUAGGAUUAUUAUCAUUAAUGGAUCCACCAAAAGAGACAGUGCCUUAAGCAAUAAAAAAAUGUUAAUCAGCAGGUAUAAAGGUAAUUAUGGUAACAGGAGAUCAACCACCAACAGCAGGAGCAAUAGCUAAAUAAAUAGGAAUUAUCACAGGAAAGACAGUAGAUGAUUUAUUAGAGGAAAAUCCAAUGAUGUCUUAUGAUGAAGCCUUUAGAUUAGCACCUGCAAUUGUAAUUCAUGGAGACAUGAUUGUAUAAGCUAUGGAGGAGGAAAAUUAGAAUGGAGAAUUUGUGCCUGAAGAAAUGAAAGAUAGAAGACUUAAAAGUUGGUGUAGUAAACCUUAAGUUGUAUUUGCACGUACAUCUCCAGCAUAAAAACUUAUGAUAGUAAGAGCCUGUCAAUACAUAGGACAUGUAGUAGGAGUGACAGGAGAUGGUGUAAAUGAUUCUCCAGCAAUUAAACAAGGAGAUAUUGGUAUUUCAAUGGGUAUUAGUGGAUCUGAUGUCACUAAAGAUGCUGCUGAUAUGAUAUUAUUAAAUGAUGAUUUUGCAUCUAUUGUUGAUGGUGUUGAAGAAGGUAGAAAGAUAUUUGACAAUCUUAAAAAGACAAUAGUUUAUUUACUUACUUCAAAUAUCACAGAAGUCUUCCCAUAUGUUGGUGAAAUUGCUAUUGGAUUACCAUUACCUUUAAGCAAUGCCUUUAUUCUCACUAUUUGUAUUGGAACUGAUAUUUUACCUGCUAUUUCCUUUGCCUAUGAAGAAGCUGAAAUCGAUAUUAUGACUCGUAAACCUAGAAAGAAGGAUGAUCAUUUAGUAUCUCUAAGAUUAAUCACUCAUGCUUACUUAUUAUAAGGAAUUAUUGCCACUUCUGCUGGUUUCUUUAGUUAUUUUAGCACAAUGAAUGAAUAUGGAUUCCCUCCAUAAUUACUACUUAGUUUUAUGAAUACCCCAUACUAAAAAAUUCCAUGGCCAUCUAUUACUUUAGCUAAUGGGCAACCUUAUACUCCACCUCCUACUACUUGGGUAUGGGACCUACCAAAUAUGAAUAAGUAAAUAAUUCUAUUAAUUUUAGUCCAUUUUUAACUACUCAACCUUACAGUCCUGAUUGGUAAUAAGCUCCUAUUCUCAAAGUUACAGAUGGAUAUACUUCAGAGAUUGGUUUCUAAAAAACUCCACUUAAUUGGAUAAAUCCUGAAAUUAUUUACUAUGAUUUAAGAUAUAUCUUUGCAUAAUACGAUGCUUAAUAUAAUAGAUGGUUCCCAACCUUUAAAGAAUGGUAAAAUAAAAAUUCAGAUGAACUCUGUCGAUAUUUUGAUAGAUCUGAUUCCUUGCUUGAAGACAACUAAUAUCCCAUUAAUACUAAUGCUUGUUUCAAGACUGCUGCACUUAAAUAUGCUUAAACUUCAUAUUUUGUUGCUGUUGUACUUGUCCAAUGGUCUAAUGUCUUUUCUUGCAAAUGUAUAUCAUAAAGAAUUAUAUUUAGAACGUAAAAUGUCUUUGAUUUAUUCUCCAAUUAAUGUAGUUAUGUUUUAUGGUGUCCUCCUUGAAACUAUAAUUUUUAUUUUUAUUGUUUAUAUUCCAGGAGUCAAUUCAUGGUUUGGUGCUAGACCAGUUGAUAUUUUAAAUUUAGGGUAAAUUAUUGAUAUUAUUAUUAUUAGAAUGCCUGGUUUACCAUAUUCAAUGUGUCUAUUUUGCUGGGAAGAACUAAGAAAAUAUUUUAUCAGAAAUUUUGCAAAGCCAAAUAAAUAUGAGCCAAACUUUUUUGAAGCAAAUUCAUUAUGGUGA